AUGCUCCCGCUAGCAUCCUGUGCGGUUCUUCCGUUGGGCAAAAGAACACACGAUUCUGGAAGUCCGAUUCGUGUACGCCCACUUAAUCAUACGGAGAUAUACCUAUACCCAUGGCCACGUAUUGCUGUCAAUCCCGGGCCCCAGAAACGUCAUCACGAAAAAACCCGGGAACCAACGAAAGAUGCUCCUCAUAAGACUUGGUCACUACCCAGUGUUUCGAAACGAGAUCACGAGAACCAAGCUAAUAGUAUUGGCACUGAAGCUUACAAGUACGCUUCGAUCGAUACCCGAGACUAA